CAAGCGGCCGGACGCGCCGGGAGGAGCCGAGGAGGGGGCCGCGCCGGGGCCGGCGCCAGAGUCACGGCUUCGGUCUGAGGUGCAGACAGAGUACUGGACCCGCGGCGGGCCGGUGCACCCCUGCCUGCGCGCGCAGCCGCUACAGGUCCCGCAGGCCGAGACGCGGGCUGCUGCGCGAGGCGGGUGGGGUGGGCAGAGGGAGAUUGGGAGGGCGCGGGCGCCCUGUGCGCAGAGCAGGCGUGAGGCGGCCGGGGGCCGGGACGCCAUGUCCAUGGAGGACCCCUUCUUUGUGGUGAAAGGAGAGGUACAGAAAGCAGUCAACACUGCACAGGGAUUGUUUCAGAGAUGGACAGAGCUCCUCCAGGACCCAACCACAGCCACAAGGGAAGAAAUCGACUGGACCACCAAUGAGCUAAGAAACAACCUCCGGAGCAUAGAGUGGGAUCUAGAGGACCUUGACGAAACCAUCAGCAUAGUCGAAGCAAAUCCUAGAAAAUUCAACCUUGAUGCGACAGAAUUGAGUAUCAGAAAAGCCUUCAUCACAAGUACUCGGCAAGUCGUCAGGGACAUGAAGGAUCAGAUGUCAACUUCAUCUAUACAGGCUUUAGCUGAAAGGAAAAAUAGACAGGCCCUGCUAGGAGACAGUGGCGGGCAGAACUGGAGCACUGGGACGACGGAUAAAUAUGGGCGCCUCGACCGGGAGCUCCAGCUGGCCAACUCCCAUUUCAUCGAGGAACAGCAGGCACAGCAGCAGCUGAUCGUGGAACAGCAGGACGAGCAGUUGGAGCUGGUCUCUGGCAGCAUCGGGGUGCUGAAGAACAUGUCCCAGCGCAUCGGAGGGGAGCUGGAGGAGCAGGCAGUUAUGUUGGAUGAUUUCUCUCACGAGUUGGAGAGUACUCAGUCUCGGCUGGAUAAUGUGAUGAAGAAACUUGCAAAAGUAUCUCACAUGACCAGCGGAGGCUCCAGCCAGACUGGUUUUCUUCUUUCUCUCCUGGGGCAAGUAUCUUCAUGCUUCUAACAGGCUCUUCUUGCCUGUGGCAGGCACCAGCUAGGUCAUCUUCUACACACCUCCAGGGAGAUUUGCAGAGUCCUUUUCUGGCUUCCCUCUGUUCUCUCCUCUUCUCCCCUGCCCCUCUUCUUGAGGAAAAAAACAAAACAAAAAACCCUUUACUGAAGUAUUAUAUAACCAGUUUCAACACCAGGACUCUCAUUAGUUGCAAAGUCAAGUAGCUACUUCAGCAGCAGUUUUGUUUGGGGAAGAGCAACGGCACAAAGACGCACUGUGUCCUUGUUCCCGGCAUUCCCAGUAGGAACAGUUUAGAAAAGGACUCGCAUUGUGACGAGCACUUGAGUGAGACCUGCUUAUGCUUUCUUCUGUGUUCUCCUGAAAGUAAAGUUUGGGGUGCAAAGGAAGAACUUUAGUUAUAUUUGUCUAAGAAGAGAGCCAGGAAACAGCAUUUAUCCUGAAAGCCCUUUCGGUUUGGACAGCUUGCCUGUGUUCAUUUGAAUCUCUCUUUGCUUCCCAGAGAGAGACUGUUUGAGGCCUCCUGCUUGGCCGUGUUGGCUUCGAUUUGACGGCGAGGCAAUUUGUAUUUGUCUCUGUUCUCCUCAGGACUUUUGGGAAAGCUCACAGCUUUUUAAUCAAACUUGUAUUUAAAGAAAGCGCAUCAAGAAGUUCUCCUGUGGUACAGCAGGUUAAGGAUCUGCUGUUGUCACUGCAGCAGUUUGGGUCGCUGCUGUGGCAGGUUCAAUCCCUGGCCCAGGACUUUCACAUGCCUCAGGAAGGUGUGGCCAAAAAAAAAAAAAAAAAGAAAAAGAAAGUGCCUCAGAACACACUACAGUUUGAUUAGGCAGUAAUUGACCAUAGGCUCCAUGGCCCCGCAGGGCUGGAACUUCUGCCCUCCCCACGGCCGGCUGCGUCCCAGGCACAUCAGCCAAGACACCAUACUUAAACUUUUGAAGGACCCGAGAGACACAGGACUUUCACAUGCCUCAGGAAGGUGGUAUCUUCAUUCUCCUACCCCCAAAAAGUAUAUUUUUUUGAGCAGAUACCAAGGUUUUCUUCCCCUCGCUUUCCAACAUGCUGUAUCAUCUUUUCUCUUAGGGGAGGAGACUGUGUUGGGAGGGGACCCUACCUGUGGCGUCCCCUUUGUUCCUCCUGACUGAGGCAGGUCCUGAGCUGGCCAAAAGCUGGUUAGGACCUUUCCCUUGAGAUCACAAAAGCCCUUGUGGUCAGUCCCUGCCUCUUCUGGGGAGAGGUCUGUCAGGAUAACAGCUCCCUGAGGUCACCCAGCUCGUGCUUCAUAGAAGCAACAUACCACUAGAAGGGAACGUGGAUUUAAAAGCACAUUCCUGGGUUGUACCAGCUUGUGUGGUGGACGUUCUCCUUGAGGAAAACCCCUGUUUAAUGCAGCUGCGGAAGAGAAAGUGAUGGAGGUGGGAGGAGGGUUGGGUAGAGGCUGAUGGGAUUGGAAAUCGGGGUCUGAGAUGGCAGGAUGCUCGUCCUGGGCACUCAGGAAGCAUUUUACCUUGACUGUACCAUCCUUGAAGUUUUUUUUUUUUUUUUGAGGGGAACUUUAGAUUAUUGUAAACAUUUUUAAAUAGAUGAAAGGAUGCUAGGUAUUUGAGUUUUCCGGACCGUUGAAGUGAUAGUUAAAAAGAGUAAUACUAUUACAUGGAGUAGACCACCUCUGCCUCCCCUCACCCUUUGGAAUAGUCCUGUUUGAGAAAAGGAACAGAUGGACCUGAGGUCUUUAAUCCCAGUUACCAGGUGCGUUUCUGGCAUGUCCGUUGUAAAGCAAGCUGAGCCCCUGAGAAGGUACUCGCUUCACUCACUGUUGUUUGGAGCAGUUCUGUGGGUUGAUUCUAAGACUUAGUUAUUCCUGACAUUGAAGUAAUUUAAGUGCAUGUUGUGUGGACUUCGUAUUGCUUCGUGAAAAGCUUUGCAGCCUCUUGCCGUGAUUCAGACCUUUUUAUAAUGUGAUUCUCACUAGCUCUGGUCUGCUAAAAUAGGCUUUCAGAUCAACUUUGGAUGAGUUGUAUAUGUACCUUUAUAUUCCUGGCAGUUGAGCUACAUUGUCACGGGCUCUCUCAGUCUCUUGGUGGAGAGACUGCUUGCUCUUCUUCCAUCUGCCCGAGUGAAGGAUACAGCCUGACGAUGACAGCAUCCUGUGCCCCAGGGGGGCCUACAGUGUGUGCAGGGACAUUUGUGUUGUGUAGUUCUCACAGCAGCCCUGCGAGUGAGGGGGAUGCCAUCAGAAUUGUGAGCGAGAGCCCAUGGGAGCCCUUUUCCUGUCCCUCGGCCAUUUAGAUGUGUUUCCUGUGCCUGUUCUAAAUUGUGAGUGGGGCAGAAAGUUUCAGUAAAGACAUUCCACUUUUCAUUUACAGAUAAGCUGUGUCAGUUAUUUUAAGAUGGUUACUGGUUUUGUGAUUUUUUUUUUUUUUUUCUUUUUAUGGUCACACCUGCAGCAUAUGGAGAUUCCUGGGCUAAGGGUCAAAUUGGAGCUGCAGCUGCUGACCUGUGCCACAGCUACAGCAAUGUAGGAUCCAAGCCACAUCUGCAACAUACACCACAGUUUGUGGCCACACUGGAUCAUUAAUUCACUGAGCAAGGCCAGGGAUGGAAGCCGCAGUCUCCCGGACACUAUGUCCGGUUCUGAGCCUGCAGAGCCACAACAGGAACUCCGUGUGAUUUCUCCUGCCCAGGGGUGGUGAAUUCAUCAUGCCUGCGACCAGCAGUAGCUUUCAUCUCCUUUCCAUCUUCCCAUUGUGCUCGUUGAGAAAAGAACAUGAUUAUUAUUGAAUUAAAUGAUUUGACUUUGGUGGAGAUUAAAGCAGACAAGCUUUGACCCUAAACACGGGCACUUUUUCCAGGAAUGUGGUAACCACCAGCAGAAAGCUGCAGUCUCAGAUCUUAGAGACUUGACACAGCAGGUGCUUGUUACAAGGCUGGCUUUCAGGAGACAGGCAGGGUUAUGAAGGCAUGUGUGUGCAGGCCACACGUGCCCCCAAACAAGCUCAGGGCCUUUCUGCCCCAUCAUUUGUCCGUUCUGCCCCCUUUCAGUAUCCAGGUGUUGCCUUAAGUUUCCUGGACCUAUAUCUUGGGGGAUGAGGGAUUUGGGGAGAGCUAAUCCUUGGGUUCUGCC